ACAUCUACCUCCCGGCUCUUUCUGUCCGUUCAAAGGGUUUGGUUCGCUUCUAGUAGCCUAGUGACGGUCGGGGGAGCAGGCACUUCCGGCUUCCUCUGCCGUACUCAUCGGCUAAGCUGGACUUCUCACUGCGCGUGCGCACGACCCGCCCCACCCCGGAACUUAACCGUUGGCGUAAUUGAACUGUUUAAAUCCUCGGGAACCUGCUCCUGGGGAGCCGGAGGCGCACUCAUUUCUCCACGGAGGCUUGGGAUUGGUCGGGAGCGUACCGAUACGGAGCGCUGAUUGGCUGGCGCAUAAGAACGUCCCGGCGACCACACGUGACGCUCCCAGCACCGCCUCUGCUCACUGACGGGUGGGUUUCUGACCAGUCAGCAGGCGUGGCGCGGUCUUCGGUUUCACGAGAUUGUGUUUGCCGCCCUGGUUCCCGCGACCCCAACGUCCCAGAGGCGGGGCGAAGUCGGCGGAGGCACUUCUUGGAGCCGACCUCUAUUCUGGCCCAACAAACAAACCUCGACUCCGCGGAGGUUGUGGAUCCUGAGCAUGUGAAAUUGAAUAAAUCCUUCACUAAUCAUCAUGGAGCCUACAUAUCCUCUUGCAGGACCCCAGAUGAAUAACAGGUUUUCUUCAAGCAGAAUGGUGCCUUUCUAUUUUCCUCCAUCAAAAUGUGCACUUUGGAAUUCAAUGCCAAUUGGAGAUUUCAUCUACUUACAUCUCAAUUACUACAGAAAUCCAAAGCUCGCGGUAACGGAAAAGGCCAUCCGACUUGCUUGUCGUCAUGCUAAGCAGAAUAAGAAAAAGUUGCCAUGCUUUUUACUUGGUUCUCUCACGGUAGAUGAAGAUGAAGAGAGUGUGACAUUGACAAUAGAUCGUUUUGAUCCUGGUCGAGAAGUACCUGAGUGCUUAGAGAGAAUCCCUACUGCUUCUCUUCCUGGGGACUUUGUGGUUCCUUGCAAAAUUCAUACCCAAGGACUUUGUUCAAGAGAAAUAAUAGUUCACAGUUCAGAUGACUUCAAUUCAGCUUUCAAGGCUCUGCAGCACCAUGUCUGUAGCAAAGAUUCCUUGGAUUGUGGUAAAUUGCUCUCCCUAAGAGUUCAUAUCACUUCCAAGGAGAGUUUGGACAGUGUGGAUUUUGACUUGGAUUGGGCAGCAGUAACUCUAGCAAAUACCUUUAAAUGCACACCUGUGAAGCCCAUCCCCAUUAUUCCAACAGCUCUGGCAAGAAACUUGAGCAGUGAUCUGAGUAUUUCUCAAGUUCAAGGCACCUAUAAAUAUGGAUAUCUUACCAUGGAUGAAACACGCAAAUUGUUACUUUUGCUGGAAUCUGAUCCCAAGGUUUACUCUCUACCAUUAGUGGGAAUUUGGCUGUCUGGAAUUAUACAUGUUUAUAGUCCUCACGUGUGGGCUUGCUGCUUGCGAUACAUGUUCAAUUCUUCUAUUCAAGAAAGGGUUUUUUCAGAAUCUGGAGGUUUCAUUAUAGUUCUUUAUUCUGUGACACAUAAGGAUCCCGAGUUUUAUGAAUGCCUACCUAGUGAUGGCAGGUUAUCUGACCUUCGAUUCCAGCUUCUAACCAGCAAGGAAACGUUACGUCUUUUCAAGAAUAUUGAAUCUUCUGACAAAAAACCAGUCUAUUUUGAACUGAGAGCUGAAGACCAAAAUGCAGAAAGAGAAUUUUUCAACAAGGUUUCCAAGAAUCUUUCAGUUAAGAGAUCUUCGCAGAAGGUAUCUCCAGGGAAAACGCCAAUAAAUGAUCAUGACUCUGGUGUUGAAGAUGAAGAUGUUUCUCCAAGACCAAUUCCUAGUCCUCAUCCAGUGAGUCAAAAGGUUUCUAAGAUCCAGCCAUCAGUUCCUGAACUUUCGCUCGUGUUGGAUAGCAAUUUCAUAGAAUCAAAGCCUGUGCCUAACCCACUGGAGAUGGUGAAUAAUGAAAAUCCUCCUUUGUUGACAAACCAUUCUGAACACUUGGAGCCACCACAACCCCAGCUUUAUGGUGAAAAACACAACCCAGAAGCUGAAGCCGAAGAGCCUUCCUUGAGAGGGUUAUCAAAUCAGCUAAACCAGGACACUGCUCCCUUGAGACACUGCAAAGUAAGACAGCCAUCUAUCUCUAGGAAAGGAAGCCCACAUAUCAGGAACAGUGUUAAACCAUCUUCUCUUAAUGCACCAUCUCCUGAUAUAUCUGAACAGCUUCAAACGGUUUCUGCUGGAAAUGUACACAAAGAAGAGCAUCCUAUAAGAUCCUCCACAUUUAAUUCCAGGCAGUCUUCUCUUGCCUCACAGUCCCACCCACACAAUUUUGUUUUUUCACCCCAUAACUUAGGAAGAGCAAUGGAGCCUCAGAUACCUACUCCCCCCCCACCAUCUUACUAUUCCACAAAUGUUUGCGGUUGUUGUCAGCAUCAUGGCCCUGUUCAAUAUAGUCCAGUAAAUUCUUGGCAAGGAAUGAACACAGCAGGAUCCAUUCAAGACCUCCAGUCUGAAGCCCUUCAGAAGCAGGCAUUAUUUCAUCCAGGUGGCUGUCCAGCUCAGUACCAUAAUGUAUUCUAUUCAAGUAGUCCUGUAGCCUUGAGACCUCAGGGAAACAUGGGGGGUUGUUCUCCCCACAGCAAUGUAGAACCGUCGCCUGUGGCAAGACUACCUUCACGCAUGGACUCAUGUAACCCGUGGCCUUGUGCAGUCUGCUUUCACACACCCAAGACUGCAUCAGAUGAUGGAAUGAUGGGACUGUCUCCAGAUGCAUAUAGGUUCAUCACAGAGCAAGACAGACAGCUGAGACUACUUCAGGCACAGAUCCAGCGUUUGUUGGAAGCGCAGUCUCUGCAGCCGUGUUCCCCUAAGACAACCACCGCUGAAGACACCGGGCGAGCUGCAAGACAAAUGGAGGUGGUUUCCAUGGAAGCACAGUCUCCAUCUGCUUUACACAUGAGGAAAAGUGUGAGCAUUGCCGUGAGCACAGGCGCCAGCUUGUUUUGGAAUGCUGCAGGCGAUGGUCAAGAGCCUGAAUCUCAGCUGAGGCAGGAUGAUACCAAGAUUUCCAGUGAGGACAUGAAUUUUUCUGUUGAUAUUAAUAAUGAAGUCACAAGUACUCCAGGUAGUGCAUCUUCAUUAAAAGCAGUUGAUAUUCCCAGUUUUGAAGAGAGCAACGAUGCUGUGGAAGAAGAAUUUAAUCAGCAACUUUCUGUAUCCAACAGCUCUUCUCCUCUUGUGAGAAAAGAACCUGAUGUGCCUGUGUUCUUUUCGAAUCCCCUGCUGUCAGAGAGCAUCAGCAUGUGUUUCCAGAGUGGGCCAGCAGAGGGUGCCACUAAUAGCUCUGCACCAUCAGAGGAAUCCAAAACUGAGCAAGUAGUGCAACUCUUGCCUUGUCAACCCUCAGAUAACCAGGAAAUACUCCAGGAUGUGUUGGGUCAAGGGAACCACCUAUUAAAUAACUCCACCGAAGAAACUGAGCAGCCAUCAGCCAAAGCAGUAAUUAUCAGUCACGAAUGCACCAGAACCCAGAAUGUUUACCAUACAAAGAAAAAAAAGCGUGAUUCAGGACUGGUGGACAAAGAUUGUGUUCUUAGUGCAACUCUUAAACAACUAAGAAGCCUUGGAGUAAAAAUUGACUCUCCCACUAAAGUGAAGACAAAUGCACAUAAAGUGGAUCAUGCCAGUGUGUUGGCGCGCAUCAGCCCUGAAGCGGUGAUCUCGGGACUAAACUACAUGUCCUUUGCUAAUGUUGGCGUGAGCGGCGUAAGCCCCAACGGUGUGGAUUUGAGCAUGGAGGCAAAUGCGAUAGCUCUGAAAUAUUUAAAUGAAAAUCAGCUGUCACAACUGUCUCUCGCUCGAUCCAACCAAAACAACGGUGACUCAUCUUUGAGUCUUCUGCAUAUUAAUACAGACCGAAGCACAGUGGGGCUCAGUUUAAUUUCACCAAGCAACAUGUCAUUUGCAACCAAAAAAUAUAUGAAGAGAUACGGACUCCUACAAAGCAGUGACAAUAGUGAAGAUGACGAGGAGCCUCCAGACAAGGCAGAUAGCAAGAGUGAACAUUUGGUGAAUCAGAACCUCACCUGCAUAGCUGAACAGCUUGACUGUCAGAGAGCGCCUUCGAGGAAUGCUUGUGAAGUAAGUAAUUGCUGCGCCUGUGCUUCCGUGGGUUCCCACACAGAGAUGCCGGUAUUGAGAAAUAUUACAAAUGAAGUUGUUCAGCCAAAAGCAACACAGCAAUGGAACGAAAAACCUGCCUUCUUGUUAAAGAACUUUAAACCGAGUCCUGCAAUGAACCUCCGAACUGGAAAAGCAGAGUUUACCCAACAUCCUGAGAAAGAAAAUGUAAGGGAUACUCCAGUUUUUCCUGAAAGUUUGAAACCUCCUGAAACUCUAAAACAAAUGAACAGUAUGAAUUCAGUAGGGACCUUCUUAGACGUGAAGCGUCUCAGACAGUUGCCAAAAUUGUUUUAACCCUGUAACUCUCUGCCCUCCUGAUAUGAGGAUGGGAUGUCUCCUGAAGAUACUUAGGAAAACCAGAGCCUUUUGAUAAAUUUUGGAAUUCUCAAUGCUUUAGGGACCACUCCGUUUCUUGGUAGCAGCUGAUGGCAAAGAGCUGAACAAGUGACCUGAUUGUCUGAGAUGGCUGGCUUGUAGGAGGGCUAAGUGCUGUUUUUUCAAAUAGGACUGUUCAGCUUCACAGGACGUUUAAAAAAAAAAAUUCCUGACAUCAGUUACUUCAACAAAUUUGGAUAAGCAGAUACUAUCCAACUCUGAAUCUGAAUUGAUCUUUUAUACUGUACAUUUUGAAAAGUCUGUCUGUUCUCCUAGCAUUUUGUAUCUCUGCAUCUACCCAGUAUCACCUAAAAGAACAUAAAAGUUAUCAUGACUCUGACUAAAUUAGCUAAAUCAACUCUUAUUGAAUUUAAGGGGAAAGUUUUUUUUUUUAGAAUAACUUAAGAUCUUUUAUACAUGGAGUAUGUAUGUCCUCUUAAUUAAGAUGUGUAUUUGUUAAAUUCUGUGGAAGUAAAACAUUUGCACUCUGGUGGGUUGAUGCUACUGUAGCAUUUUCAACAUAGAGCACUGGCUCUCACAGAAUAAGCAAACUAUGGUGUGUGAGUGUGUUUUAUAAACUUUGUUUUUCAAAUGUUUUGAUAUUUUUUAAUGGAACUUAAUAAAAA